UGGUGAGGCGUGUGUCCCGGGACGUCACGCGUCCCAAAUCUCCCCCGGAGGACACACACCGGAGCGGAGGAGUGGAUUUACUGAAUAACCCUCCGGACUAUUAUAUGGUGCACAUCGCACUUGUAAAGUGUAGUUUUGUAAAGCUCUGCGGGAAAGUUGACUACAACGAGGAGCCUGCAGCAGCUGCAGCAGCAGGUGCUUCUGGAUGGCUGUAAAGUUCGAGGGAAACAACCUCUCAACGUGGCUCGCUUAGACACCGAUACUACAUUUUAAGAAUCGACUUAAAACGAUUUAUAGAUUUGGCAAAAAAAAAAAAAGGAAAAAAAAAGAUGUUUCCCGGAGCUUUCCCUUUUCGAGAUUGGCAGGUUUAAUCCCUGGAGAGAAUCAGCAACUCAGCAAGCAGACAUGGAGAAAGUGAGCGCUCAAGGGAGUUUUUCCAUCAUGUAACCUGUUAAACUGCGUGGAGAAAAGUGCAUGGGUGAAACUUACCCGUAAUCAAGCCCUGAAGCUUCACUAAAGCAACAGACACGAUGGAAAAGAAGAGCAUGUCUAUCAACGGGACCGACACUCGGGCCAAGGACAGAAUAGACAGAGUGGACCCUUAUGGCUUUGAGAGACCAGAAGACUUUGAUUAUGAGUCAUAUGAGGAGCUCAUGUCUGACUAUCUGGUUGUGCUCACCCGACGAGCCAUUAAGUGGUCCAAACUACUGAAGGGUAAAAGAAAAGUGCAGAAGAAUGUCAAAUUAAAACGAUACGUACGCAAGGGGAUUCCCAAUGAGCACAGGGCUUUCAUCUGGAUGGCAGCCAGUGGGGCUCAGGACCAGCUUGAGAAGAAUUCAGGAUACUACCAGUCCCUGUUGGUGGCCCAGCAUGACUCCAAACUAAUGGAGACCAUCAAAACAGAUCUGAACAGAACAUUUCCAGACAAUGUCCAUUUCCGCAAGAGAUCCACUCCAUGUCUGCAGAAAGCCUUGUACAAUGUGCUGCUGGCUUAUGGUACUCACAAUCCAGCAGUGGGGUAUUGCCAGGGUAUGAACUUCGUAGCGGGGUAUUUACUUAUCAUCACAAAAGACGAAGAGAAAUCCUUCUGGCUGAUGGAUGCAUUACUUGGUAGAAUUUUACCAGACUACUACAGUCCAGCCAUGCUGGGGCUUAAAACUGACCAGGAGGCGUUAGGGGAAAUGGUGAAAGUUAAAAUCCCCCAAGUCUGGCAGGUUAUGCUGAACCAUAAUGUGAUGUGGACCCUCGUAGUCUCCCGAUGGUUCAUCUGUCUUUACAUUGACGUUCUGCCUGUAGAAACGGUUCUGCGGAUUUGGGACUGCCUCUUUUAUGAAGGCUCUAAAAUCCUCUUCCGUGUUGCGCUGACGCUGAUCCACCACAAUCAGGCUCUGAUUGAACAGGCCCAGUCCCUGCCAGACGUUUGUGACAGCUUCAAACGGAUAACCCAUGGACCAUUUGUUGACGAAUGUCACACAUUCUUGCAGACUAUCUUCACUGAACCAGGAAGCCUCUCCAUGGCAACCUUGACUAAGCUGCGAGCUACAUGUCGAGCUCGAAUUGUUGCAGAAGAAACCUGAUGUGAUCUUGUUGCUCAGUCGAUACACAUUCCAAUGGGAUGAUCACCCAGCUGCUUCUUUGCACCUAUUUAUCUUUUAAACUGUCAUUAUGACAACUACACACUGUAAACUUGGAACUUUAAUCUUAAGACAAUCAUGAAGCCUGGGGAUAUCCUUAGCAAUGUGCUGUAUGAGCUAAUGAUUCCAUUUGAAAUUAACAUGUAGUUUGCUUUAAGUGAUUUAGUUAAAAUGAGCAAUUUUGCACUUUAGUCCAGAAUGUUAGAAAUGUAAGUAGAGAAGUCUUGUAAUUUCCAAGGUAAGAUACAUUUUUAUGUACUAAAAACACAGCCAAGAAGGUCGUGUCUAAUAUGUUCCACAUCAUUCUCAUGAAUAUCACAAAAACUAAUGGUUUUGGGGUAAGAGAAGAGUUGGGUGACUCAAUCGAGGAUGCUGUUAUAAUUUCAGUUUGAAUUACUGGGGCUGUCAUUUUUUUAUUUUUUGAAAAACGAAAAUAUCUGUUGCAUGUAGUUAGUUGUGUUUUGGUGUUGCAGACUGAAAAGACAAGUUCACUGUGGUGAAACAAUACAGACACAACGCCAGGA